AUGGUCACGUGGAUGCGUCUCGCCUAUCCUCACCUGGUGACAGCUGCAUUCUCAGACAGCGGUCCACUACACGCGCAGGAAGAUUUUCCAGAAUAUCUGGAAGUCAUAACGGAGGCCCUACGCACUCAAGGCAGUGAAGAGUGUGUUACAAGCAUUGCAGAAGCUGUCGAGAAAAUGGUGCAGCAGCUGGCCACAGAGAGCGGGGCUAAUACAAUCUCGGAAAUGUUCAACACCUGCUCACCCAUUAAUGGCUCCAAUCCACUGGACGUAGCCACGUUCUUCUGGUUUGGCAUCACGGAGACGUUCGCCUCCCUCGUCCAGUACGCCACGCCUGGCGUCAUACCAGCAGCGUGCAAUGUUUUGACCAAUGCCAACGUUACGGACCCUGUGCGCCGUUUAGCCAACUGGAUAACUGCCCAGUCCAUGACGCAACCGUGCAUUGAGAGCCGCUACAGCGAGCAGGUGGCCGCGCACACCAACACCAGCUACGACUCACACCAGGCUGUCAUGCGCCUGUGGACGUACCAGACUUGCGUGGAGUACGGCUGGUACCAGACAACGAGCAGUUCCCGCCAGCCAUUCCUCUCCACUGUACCUCUGCAGUACUUCCAUCAGAUGUGCAAGGAUUUCUUCUCUACAUAUUUCGACGAGAAUCUCCUACAAUCGGGAAUACAGCGCACAAACCUUCUUUUCGGUGGACUGUCACAAUUACCGGACUACGUGGUGUCGGUAGCCGGCGGACACGAUCCCUGGUCACCUAUGGGGCCCAAUGCCACAAAUGCAACUCCUUUAGCGCCUGUUUAUCUGGUGCCUAGGGUUUCCCAUUGCCGGGCUAUCAGACCUACAGGUGAAAGUGAGACAGAAGAAUUGGAAGCGACUAAGCAAGCAGUUCUGCGCAACAUGCAGGAGUUCCUGGACGGCAGACCACCUUCGCCAAUCGAAAGCUCAGCAGCCACUUUAACUCCAAUUGCCUUCACUUUAGCUACUGCUAUUAUAGUUUUGUGUAAUUCUCGGUUUGCAUUACUGUAG